CACACAGGAUAUUUUACUACGCUGCAGUGUUUUUUUGGGACCCGUUUCUCCAUCUCCUCAGAUCAUGGCUGACUUUGACAUGGUGCUGAAGCAUUGGGGUCCAGUGGAGGCAGACUACACUGCCUAUGGGGGCCUGGUUCUGACCCGUUUAUUCAUAGAGCACCCAGACACCCAGAAGCUGUUCCCAAAGUUCACCGGCAUCGCCCAGGGUGACCUUGCUGGUGACGCGGGGGUUUCUGCCCACGGUGCCACGGUUCUGAAGAAGCUGGGUGAGCUGCUGAAGGCCAAAGGCAACCACGCCACCAUCCUCAAGCCUCUGGCCAACAGCCACGCAACCAAGCACAAGAUCCCCAUCAAUAGCUUCAGGCUGAUUGCAGAGGUCAUCGGUAAAGUCAUGGGGGAGAAGGCAGGGCUGGAUGCCGCCGGGCAGCAAGCCCUGAGCAACGUGAUGGCUGUCGUCAUCGCCGACAUAGAUGCUGACUACAAACAGCUGGGCUUUACUGCCUGAUGAUGAAAGUCAAACAAAGUCAAAUAAAAUGUUCCACACACAAGAUUAAAAAUAUUAAUAAUAAAUGGUUUGUGGAAACAUAUAUCAACUAUUCUUGAUUAACAACAAACUGUAAACCCUUGUCAAA